AUGUCUCCAUUAGGUAAAUUCUUUAUCAUCUUGUGUGCGGUUUGGAUGCUUUUCGUACUUCUUCUGUACAAUUCGACGCAUUUAUCGGACAACGUGCAUUACUAUUGGAACCAAAAUUGCUUCAUAAGUCCCUCAAAUUCGGAUAUUCGGUUGUUGGAAGAGAUAGAUGAAACAUCACAACACCGUCCUUCCAUCAAUGAGAGCUCCAAACAAAUAUUUUUCUUGGAAACCUCGUGUGCGCAAGCGGAUGGCGUGAUACAUUUGACAGCGAGACAGAUUUGUGCGAUUGAAUCCGUGGCACGAUGGCAUCCGAAUCACAAAAUUUACGUGAUUUUCAUAGCGCCCGUCGGCAUUGAAAUGCGCAAACCUGAAGCUGAACUCUUGAGAAAUUUAGUAAAACAUGAAAAUAUUUACUUAAGACGAGCGAAUAUCACAAAAUUCGCCAAAAACACGCCACUUGAGCAAUUUUUCGACGCACAAGAGUAUCGAAAAUCGAAAUUUUUCAACACGCAUCUCUCGGAUAUCUUGAGAUUUCUUACUUUGUACAAGUACGGAGGCAUGUAUCUCGAUACGGAUAUCGUUUGUCUCAGGAAUUUCGAAGAGCUCGGUAUGAAUUUUGUCGCUGCCGAAGCUCCAACGUCGCUCGGGAGUUCCGUCAUCAACUUUGGGAAUGACGAAUUAGGGCGAAUUGUGGCUUUGGAAUGCCUAAAAGAGCUUCGGAGCACGUUUGACGGCUCAAUUUGGGCACACAAUGGACCUGGCGUGCUCACGAGAGUCAUUUCUCGAUUGUGUGAAACGACUUUUACGAAACUAAUGACUCCGGAGGCAUGUUCGGGCUUCAAAGUUUUAUCAGUAGAGACUUUUGCGCCUGUUUUAUGGACUUAUCACAAGUUUUAUUUCCAAACGGAGAACGCAAAAGACGUCAUGAAGGUUGUUGAGAAGGCAUAUGUGAUACACCUGUUCAAUCAUAUGAACAAAUAUAUUCCCGUUGAGAAAACAUCUGAUGUCGCUUACGCAUUAAUUGCGAAAAAACAGUGCCCUGACAUGUUUGGAUCGAGUAGCAAGACUUUUUAA